GGGAACGGCACCGGGACCGGCCGGGGAACAGGUACCGGCAUCGGCAUCCCCCGGGGGAGGGCAGGGACCGGCCGGGGAACAGGAUGUGCGACCGCAACGGCGGCCGGCGGCUGCGGCAGUGGCUGAUCGAGCAGAUCGACAGCGAGCUCUACGCGGGGCUCAUCUGGGAGAACGAGGAGAAAUCCAUGUUCCGCAUCCCCUGGAAGCACGCCGGCAAGCAGGACUACAACCAGGAGGUGGAUGCUUCUAUCUUCAAGGCCUGGGCUGUUUUCAAAGGCAAGUUCAAGGAAGGCGACAAAGCGGAGCCGGCCACGUGGAAGACGCGGCUUCGCUGCGCUCUCAACAAGAGCCCUGACUUUGAGGAGGUGACAGACAGGUCCCAGCUGGACAUCUCCGAGCCCUACAAGGUCUACAGGAUCGUGCCAGAGGAGGAGCAGAAGUGCAAAGCAGGGGUUGCCAACGGGGGCGGCCUGGCCGAUGUCCCGGAGAUGGACUGCAGCUCCUCUGCCAUCGAUGACCUCAUCAAAGAGCCCUCCUGCGUGGAUGAAUACCUGGGCAUCAUCAAGAGGAGCCCCUCACCCCCCCAGGAGACCUGCAGGAACCCCCCAAUACCCGACUGGUGGGUGCAGCAGCCCAGCCCUGCGUUGCCCCUGAUGAAUGGAUACUCCAGCUACGAGCAGUAUCACUCAGGUUACUCCCAGAUGGUGAUCAGCUUCUACUACAGCGGGAGGCUGGUGGGCCACGUCAGCACCUCGUGCUCCGAGGGCUGCAGGAUCUCCCUGGGCCAGCCCUCGGGCCAUGGGGAGAAGCUCUACGCCCCCGAUGCCCUGGAGCACGUCCGGUUCCCCUCGGCCGACGCCAUCCAGAACGACCGGCAGAAGCAGAUCACCAGGAAGCUCUUUGGGCACCUGGAGAGGGGUGUCCUCCUGCACAGCAACAAGCAGGGCAUCUUCAUCAAGAGGCUGUGCCAGGGCAGGGUCUUCUGGAGUGGCAACACCAUGGCCUACAAGGACAGGCCCAACAAACUGGACCGGGAGGAGGUGGUGAAGAUCUUUGACACCAACUUGUUCUUCCGAGAGCUGCAGCAGUACUACAACAACCAGGGCCGCUUCCCAGACAGCAGGGUCAUGCUGUGCUUCGGGGAGGAGUUCCCAGAUGCGGUGCCACUGAGGUGUAAACUCAUCCUUGUCCAGGUGGAGCAGCUGUACCUGAGGCAGGUGGUGGACGAGGCUGGGAAGAGCUGCAGCUCCAGCCCCAUGCUCCCCGUGGCUGAGGAGCCCCAGCACGACCAGGGCUACCGGAUCUUCCAGGACAUCUGCACGACGCGGCCGCUCUUCCGGGAGAACCAGCAGAUCGCAGUCUGAGCCCUGCUCCCCUCACAGCCUGCUAGUCUGGGCUUAUCCACACCCAGAUUAGUCCCACGAGUGUCCUAAAAGAGUGACACUAAAAAGUGUCCUUUAGGUUUUUUCUAUUUUUUUUUUUUUUUUGAACGUUGGGUUUUGUUCUUUGCUGUUUCCAGUGCAGGGUCUGUAUAAAUCCAGAGGUGGAAAUUGCCGUGAGCAAACAGCUUGGAUGUUCAGUGUUUGUCCUGUAAACAAUUUAUGAUAAAAGUGACUUUUCUAGUCCCAGGACUGUCUAGAGCUCAUGGCUGGGGGACAAGGGAGCAUCCAAAGCUGUGCAGGAAGGUCAGGGUUGGCUUUGCUUUGUGUUGCCUUUGUUAAUGGCCAGUCAGGCAGAACCAAAAAUCAACAGCUGUAACCACCUGCCCCAACAACCUGCAACUCAGACCUUGCUGAGAGCAGCAGUUUGAUAGGAGCUGACUCUUGGAAAAGCCUUGGAAUGCUCAGAUUUAGGAAAUUAUAUCCAGGAAUCAGCUUUCCCCCUUCAAAGAGUCCUGCUGGUGAAAGGCAGGGUGUGCCUCCUAAAGAGAAUUCCUGAAAUCCCUCUUCAUUUUUUGCUGUGAGAUUUAUGUGUUUCUCUUUUCACACCAAAGUGGAUUGAAAUUUGGAAACUGAUGCAGAUAUCUAUAUGUAAAUAUUGACUAUGAAAACUUGGGAAUCUUAAUUUUUCCUGACCAGAGCCAGAGUUUAUAUAAAUAUAUAGAAUUUUAAUUUUAAUUUUUCAAGAUUGCAGCAUAGUGUGAAUAGCUUGGCUUCACCCUCUCAAACACACGUGUGGGGCUCUCCCAAGCGUGUCCAGGCAGCGUCAUCCAUGUGUAAAUCCUCAUUUUCACAGCCUCUGUGUGUGCCCCCAGCUCUGGGGAGCUGCUGGUGCCUCCCAAAGCAGGACUGCACGUGUGUGCGUGCCACCAAAGCUGCCUAUUUAUUGUAUGCCUGAGGUUUAUUGAUUUUUUUUGGGUAAAUUUUUAUAUCUCCCCGCAAUUAAAGUGCUAUAUUUUGUA